UAUGUCAGAUUUUACUGAUGUAUCGAGAAAAACGGUUUUUAGGUGCAUAAUUUUGCUAAAGUUUCACAAAUAUGUUCCCUUAUCAUCACUAAAGAGUUAGAAAUAGAAGAAACUAUACUCGAAGUUAUAAGUAGCAGCAAGAAUAUAAUAAAUGACAUUUUUAAAGUGGUUACGUUUUAUAAUUUUGUUAAUAUACUUCCAAUCUGCCGCACCAAUUAAAGAGAAGCAAUCAGUUGAGUACCGUUUGCGACAAGAUGUUAUUGUUUUAGGAUAUGACAUCAAAUUGUUUCUGAAAAAGGAUAUUUUUAAAACCAAUGUAUUCACUGGGAACGUGAAAAUUAAUUUCACAAUGGUGCGCCCAACUAAGGAACUUAAAUUACAUGCAAAUGGGAUUGACUUCACCAAUGUUUUAAUUAAAUUUUCUGAGCGUCAAGAAAUUCUAAAUAAACAUUUUAAAAGUGAUCCUGUGACAGAUAUUCUUACAAUUAAAACAAAGGAUUAUUUUUCAAGUGGAUCCACCUAUACACUUGAAAUGAAAUAUAAAGGAAAACUAAGAACCGAUGAACUUCAAGGCUUUUACAAAAGCUCAUAUACGACACCUAAUGGUACUCAAGUUUUCUUAGCUACGACUCAGUUCGAACCAAUUUCAGCUCGUAAAGCGUUUCCUUGCCUCGAUGAGCCAAACUAUAAAGCUGUUUUUAAAAUCGAAAUUAGACAUCCAAGUCGAUAUACAGCUGUUGCAAACACAGCUGGUACUCCCAAACUUGAUGAACAAGACAAUUCUUAUACAAUUACGACUUUUGAGCGAACUCCUAAAAUGCCCACCUAUUUGGUAGCUUUUGUUGUCUCUGAUUUCACUUGUGAUGAAGAAGCUAUUGAUGAAGUAACUAAACAUUUUGUAUGUUCAAGAAACGAGACUGCACCAAUUCGAGAAAUUGCAGCCAAAACGGGACCAAAAUUAAUAAAAGUUAUGGAAGAAUGGACUGGAAUUAAAUAUAGUGAGUUGGGAAUUACGAAAAUGCAUCAUUUUGCUAUUCCUGACUUCCAAUAUAGCGCCAUGGAAAAUUGGGGACUGAUUACAUAUAAAGAAACAGGAUUGUUGUGGGACAAAAAUGAGUCUUCUAACUAUUAUUUACAAAAACUCAAAACAGUCAUUGCCCAUGAAAUAGCCCAUAUGUGGUUUGGAAAUUUAGUUACGAUGUAUUGGUGGUCAGACACUUUCCUAAAUGAGGCUUUUGCAAGAUACUUUCAAUAUCAUGGAACGGCAAAAAUUGUGCCUGACUGGGAGCUUGACAAGCAAUUUGUAGUAGAGUGUCUCCAUGACGUUUUAGCUAGAGACUCGUCAGCAACAUCUCAAGCUCUUUCUUGCCCGGUCUCUUCACCGGCAGAAAUUAAUACUCGGUUUGGUGCAAUUUCGUACAACAAAGGUACCACCAACUGUUAUGCUGGAGAGCGGGAUCGGGAGCGAGCACCAUGCAAUCAACUUAAGAGUCAGCUUCACCAUGCAAUCAACUUAAGAGUCAGCUUAAGACUAAGUUUAUUAUAUACAAAUAUCUACAAUAUGCAACCAAGCAUACACAUAUGUGCUAGUAUUUUACGUAUGAUUAAUCAUUUCAUGGACGCUAUAAAUUUUCAAACCGGGGUUCGCGAAUAUUUAAGAGAUAACAAGUAUGGACAUGCCGAACCAAAACGUUUAUGGAAUGCUUUACAAAAAACAGCUAAAGGUUUACCACCUAAUAUUAGUUUGGCUCAGGUAGUAGAAAAUUGGAUUGUUAAACCAGGUUAUCCCGUAUUAAAGGUCGAACCUGUUGAAAAUAAUGUUUCUAUAUCACAGAAGAGAUUUUUAAUUUCCGGAAACUUAAGUAGUGAUGAUAAAUGGUAUGUCCCAAUCAGUUACACAACAUCACAAGAUCCCAAUAAUUUUGAGAAAACUUCGUUAAAGGCCUGGUUGCUGCCAAGUAAUGAUUUGGUUCUUAAUAAUGUGCUUAUUGGAAAAAAUGCUUGGAUAAUUCUGAAUAAUCUACAAACAGGUUAUUACAGAAUCGAGUAUGAGGGUACUCUCUGGACCAAUAUUAAAACCGCUCUGUUACAAAGCGAAUUUAGUGGCAUUCAUGAAAUAAACCGAGCACAAAUCAUCGACGAUUAUUACAGUUUUGCAAAAGCCGGUAUUUACUCCUACUCCGAAUUCUUGAAUCUUAUUAAAUUUCUAAAAAAUGACACUUCCUACUAUUCGUGGCACUCGGCAUUUUCUGCGUUUUCUGACAUGUUGUCAAACAUAGGAAAUAAAACAAUUUAUCAACAUUUAUCGCAAUAUGUCCUGGAUACAAUGGGUACUCUUUAUAGUUCCGCACUAUUCAAUGUUUCAAACGAAAAGGAUCAAAUAUACUCACUUAAACAAGAACUGGUGAUAAAAUGGGCUUGCAAAUUGGGUCUUAAAGAUUGUGUAAAUAAUGCUGUCGCAGUUUUCAAAUUUUAUAAAAAUUCAAAAAAGAGACCAGAUAAAAACUUGAGAUCUGUAGUUUAUUGCACCGGUUUGAUGCAUAGUACUGAGCCAAUAAAAGAUUGGAAAUACGUCUGGAAUGAUUUGAAGACGAUGAGACUAGCAACUGAACAAAACGUACUUUUGUCGGCUCUGGGAUGUGCUAAAAAUGAAUAUGUGCUUAACAAGUUUUUCAGUUAUUCAAUUGAUCCUAAAUUGAAGGUUAAAAACAUAAACAUCUUUUCAGCAUUUUUCUAUGUAUAUUCAAGAAAUCCUGAAAGAGUAGACAUAUGUUUAAAGUUUUUGCUUACACAUUACAAGAAAAUAUCUCAGUAUUACGGUAGCAUGAAUGAGGUCAGUGCACUGCUUAAUAAUUUGGCUAAUAGAUUCACACGAAAAGAUCAAAUCCACAAGUUAAACACUUUUCUUAAUAUUGCUGCCAAAUUGCCUAAAAGUUUUGUAACUUCAGCACGUGCAACUCUCUCAAAUGCUUUGGUUAAGUUAAAAAAGACUGAAAAACUCGAGAAAGAAUUAUCAUGCUAUUUUGGACUUGGUGAAAUGAAAAUAACGCCCUAUACUAUAAACACCACAGAUAUACUCAAAAACAUUCCAACAACGACAAAAGCUCCAAAGAAAUAUAAAAAUUUGGGAACGUCUCUAGAGCCAGGAAUUCUCACCUUGAUUACCAUAUUAUUCACUCUGCGGCGUUUGUGUUACCAUAAAAUGGAACUUUCAAAAUGGUUACGUUUUAUAAUUUUGUUAACAUACUCCCAAUUUGUCGUACCAAUUGAACAGAAACAAACAGUUAAGUACCGUUUACCAAAAGAUGUUGACGUUUUCAGCUAUGAUAUCAAACUGUUUCUUCAAAAAGAUAUUUUUGAAACUAAUGUAUUCACUGGGAACGUGACAAUUAAUUUCACAAUGGUGCGUCCUACCAACGAACUUAAAUUACACGCGAAUGGGAUUAAUAUCACCAAUGUUUCAAUUUCAACAAUGACGUUUAAGCAACAGGAGGUCGUAAAUAAAGAUUUUAAAAGUGAUCCUGUGACAGAUAUUUUUACAAUUAUAACAAAGGAUUAUCUUUUAAAAGAAUCUACUUAUAAACUUGAAAUAACAUAUGAAGGGAAACUAAGAACCGAUGAACAUCUAGGCUUUUACAAAAGCUCAUAUACGACACCUAAUGGUACUCAAGUGUUCUUAGCUACGACUCAGUUCGAACCAGUUUCAGCUCGUAAAGCGUUUCCUUGCUUCGAUGAGCCAAACUAUAAGGCUGUUUUUAAAAUGGAAAUAAGACAUUCGAGUCGAUAUACAGCUGUUGCAAAUACUGUCGGUACUUCCAAAGUUGAUGAACAAGACAAUUCUUAUACAAUGACGACUUUUGAGCAAACUCCUAAAAUGUCCACCUACUUGAUAGCUUUUGUUGUCUCUGAUUUCACUUGUGAUGAAGAAUCUAUUGAUGGUGUAACUAAACAUUUUGUAUGUUCAAAAAACGAGACUGCGCCAAUUCGAGAAAUUGCAGCUAAAACCGGACCAAAAAUAAUAAAAGUUAUGGAAGAAUGGACUGGAAUUAAAUACAGUGAGUUAGGAAUUACAAAAAUGCACCAUUUUGCUAUUCCUGACUUUCAAUAUGACGCAAUGGAAAAUUGGGGACUGGUUACAUAUAAAGAAACAGGAUUGUUGUGGGACAAAGAUGAGUCUCCUAACUCUUAUUUACAAGAUCUCAAAUUGGUCAUUGCACACGAAGUAGCCCAUAUGUGGUUUGGAAAUUUUGUUACGAUGCAUUGGUGGUCAGAUACUUUUCUAAAUGAGGCUUUUGCAAGAUACUUUCAAUAUCAUGGAACAGCAGAGAUUGAGCCUACCUGGGAGCUUGACAAGCAGUUUGUAGUAGAAUGUCUUCAUAAAGUUUUAGCUAGUGACUCAUCAGCAACAUCUAAAGCUCUUUCUAGUCCGGUCUCUUCACCAGCAGAAAUUCUCACUCGAUUUGGUGGAAUUUCGUACAACAAAGGUGCUAGUAUUGUGCGUAUGGUUCUUCAUUUUAUGGGAGUUACGAAUUUUCAAACCGGAGUUCGCAAAUAUUUAAAAACAAACAAGUAUGGCAAUACCAAACCAAAAAAUUUAUGGACUGCUUUACAAGAAACAGCUAACGGUUUACCACCUAAUAUAAGUUUGACUCAGGUAGUAGAAAAUUGGAUUAUUAAUCCCGGUUAUCCAGUACUAACAGUAAAAAUUAAAGGGCAUAUUAUUAUUACUAUUUCACAGAAAAGAUUUAUAACUUCUAGGAAUUUAAGUAGUGAUGGUAAAUGGUAUGUCCCAAUCAGUUACACAACGUCACUAGAUGCAAGCAAUUUUAAAAACACUACAGUAAAGGAAUGGUUGCUACCAAGUAAUGAUUUGGUUCUUACUAAUGUGACUAAUAGCACAAAUGCUUGGAUAAUUCUGAAUAAUCAACAAACAGGUUAUUACAGAAUCCGUUAUGAAGGUACUCUCUGGACCAAUAUUAUAACCGCUCUGUCAUUAAGGGAAUUUGAUGGCAUUCAUGAAAUAAACCGAGCACAAAUCAUCGAUGAUUAUUACAAUUUUGCAAAAGCCGGUAUUCACUCUUACUCUGAAUUUUUGAAUCUUAUUAAAUUUUUAAAAAAUGACACUUCUUACUAUUCGUGGCACUCGGCAUUUUCUGCCUUUUCCGACAUGUUGUCAAACAUAGGAAAUAAAACAAUUUAUCAUCAUUUAUCGCAAUAUAUCUUGAAUACAAUGAGUAGUCUUUAUAGUUCAGCCCUAUUCAAUGUUUCCAACGAGACGGACCAAAUGUACUCACGUAGGCAGGAACUGGUGACAAAAUGGGCUUGUAAAUUGGAUCUUAAAGAUUGUGUAGAUAAUGCUGUCGUAGUUUUUAAGUCUUAUAAAAAUUCGAAAAAGAGACCAGAUAAAAACUUGAGAUCUGUAGUUUAUUGCACCGGUUUGAUGCAUAGUAAUGAGCCAAUGAAUGAUUGGAAAUACGUCUGGAAUGAUUUAAAGACGAUGAGACUAGCAACUGAACAAGACAUACUUUCCUCGGCUCUAGGAUGUGCUAAAAAUAAAGAUGUACUUAACAAGUUAUUCCGUUAUUCGAUCAAUCCUAAAUUGAAGGUUAAGAACAUAAACAUUUUUUCAGCGUUUUUCUAUGUAUAUUCAAGAAAUCCUGAAAAAGUAGACAUAUGUUUAAAGUUUCUGCUCACAGAUUACAAGAAAAUAUCUCAAUAUUACGGUAGCAUUUACUGGGUUAGUUCUCUACUUAGUAAUGUAGUUAAUAAAUUCACAAGAAAAGAUCAAAUCGAUAAGUUGAACACUUUUCUCAAUACUGUUGGCAAUUUGCCUAAAAGUUUUGUAACUUCAGCACGUGAGACUCUCUCCAAAGCUUUGACUAAGUUAAAGAAAACUGAAAAACUCGAAAAAGAAUUAUCAUUCUAUUUUGGACUUGGUGGCAUACUUAAAAAAGUUCCAACAUUUAAAACGACAAAAACUCCAAAAAAAUAUAAAAGCUUGGGAACGUCUCUAAGGCCAGGAAUUUUCACUUUGAUUACCAUAUUAUUCUCUUUAGUUCAUUUCGUUUUAAUCAUUUUAGAAUCAAUAAUGGAUGUAAAACAACUGAUUUUUUUUUUAACUGCAACAUCAUUAUGCAAUGCUCUACAAAUUAACCGACUUGAUAAAUCUGUAGUGCCAAUUAAUUACAACAUUCAUUUAGCAUUCAAUUCAACUUUCGUUGAAACCAAUGUAUUUGCAGGGAAAAUAGAAAUACGUAUCAAUGUUUCAAGUACAAUUGAUGUAAUUAGAAUACAUGCAAGAAAUUUGAAUUUAACAUCUUGUAAAGUAGAUGGAAAUAAUAUUUCUAUUUCUAAUAUUUCUAUUUCUACUAACAAUAGUGGUGAAAUUUUGCAAAUCAAUUUACCAACGCCUCUUGACCAAAACGAAUAUAAUUUGACCCUAACUUACUAUGGAAAUGUAAAUAUUUAUGAUUUGCAAGCACUAUAUAAAAGUAGUUACAAAAAUGGUAACCAGACUGAGUACUUUGUAGUUACACACUUGCACCCAAUGCAUGCCAGACGACUUUUUCCUUGUUUUGAUGAACCAGACUUUAAAGCCACUUUUGAAUUAACAGUAACUUAUCCUAGGGGCUAUACAGUUCUAUCAAACACUUCACCAAAAAAAAAAAAUACUAUAAGUAAUGAUAGUAUUUUAGAAACAAUCGAGUUUGAAAUUUCACCAAAAAUGUCAACGUACUUGUUUGCUUUGGUUAUUUCGAAACUCACUUGUACUUAUUCGCAAUCUGAUGGAAUUCUAUAUAACGUAUGUUCAAGACCUGGUACUGAAUCACUAAGACAGUAUGCACUGAUUAUAGCACCAAAAGCCGUAAAAUACAUGGAAAAGUUUACGGGAAUAUCGUACAAUUUCAGUACUAUUAAAAAACUAGAUUUAGUGGCAGUACCUGAUUUGGAAGUCGGUGCAAUGGAAAACUGGGGUUUGAUUACUUUUAAAGAAACAGCACUGCUUUGGGAUAUGUACCAGCCUUCAAACUACAGGCAAAAAGUUGCAAGUACUGUGGUCCACGAAAUCGCACACAUGUGGUUUGGAAAUUUAGUUACGAUGAAAUGGUGGUCUGAUGCUUUCCUAAAUGAAGGUUUCGCAAGAUAUUUUCAGUAUUUUGCAACAGCAGAAAUAGAGAAAAACUGGGAAUUGGACAAACAAUUUGUUAUUGAACAAGUCCAAAGUGCCUUGAUGGCAGAUUCGAGAAAUUCAUCGCUGCCAUUGUCGUCAGAAGUGACCACAUUUGGGGCUGUGGCUGCAAAAUUUGAUGUUAUUACAUACAAUAAAGGUGCUAGUAUUAUUCGCAUGGUAGAAAGUAUUAUCGGGACUAAAAAUUUUAAACAAGGGUUGCAAGACUAUUUGCAAGAAAAUAAGUUGGGAAGCACCACGCCAAAUCAUUUGUGGAGUUGCUUAGAGAAACAUGUUAAUUUAUCGUAUUCUCUUAGCGAGAGGAUUAAAAAUUGGACGAUACAAGCCGGAUUUCCUCUCCUAGAGGUGACAAAUAAUAACACAAACAUUAUUAUCACACAACAACGAUUUGUGCCGUCUGGUGCCAAUUUUACAACAAAGUGGUACGUUCCUAUCACUUAUUCUACUUCAAGAAGUACCAACCAACAAAACUGGUUAACUCCAGGGAAAGAUUUGGUACUUAAUGUUUCACUUUCUAAAGAUGCAGACUGGAUAAUAAUAAAUAGUUCACAAAUCGGGUUUUAUCGCGUUUAUUAUGACGAUGACUUAUGGAAAAGAAUUGAAGUUGCUCUUAAAAAAAAUCUAAAUGCUACUGAUGUACUCAUUAGAGCCCAAAUCGUUGACGAUCUUUUCAGUUUUGCUAUGGCUGGUAACAUCUCGUAUGUAAAACUGCUGAACAGACUUUCUUUUCUCAAAUCUGAAACUGAGUUCUACCCUUGGUACUCCGCCUUUAGAGGUUUCGAAUCAAUCUUAUGGAAAAUAAACGAUCAAGAAAUUAAAGAAAAAUUGAUUAAUCACAUACUUGAGCUAAUGAUGAAAUUGUACGAGUCUGUGCCGAUUUUAGCCGUAGAUAACAAAAACCAAAUGUACGCUCUUAAGCAAUCAUUGGCAUUAAAUUGGGCUUGCAAUUUAGGUCAUUCUAAGUGUUUGCGAAAUGUGGAACAACUGUUUAAUGCUUAUCACAUCAAGGGCGUUAGUGUACGUCCAAAUUUGAGGUUCACCACCUAUUGCACAAGAUUAAGACGUGAUAAAUCAUUAGAUGUCUGGGAUUUUCUUUGGAACAAAUUAAUAAAUGGAAAUAAGGUUGCCAGUGAAAGAGAAAUAAUUUUGAAAGCUUUAGGUUGUAGCAACAAUGAGAAUAGACUUGAAAAAUAUAUUGCUGCGGCAAGUGAUGUUAAUUCGGAAAUACCAAGACAAUACACUUCAUUGGUUUUCAAUUCAAUUAUCAAAAACAGCCCUGUAGGUUUUAAUGUAACGUUAAAAUUUCUCACUAAUAAUUAUACAAAGAUAUCUAAAUACCACAAAGAUGAAACCAUCGAGUCUAUUGUGCAAACUUUGACAAAUCAGAUAACAAAACGAACACAAAUUGAGGAGUUGUAUGAUUUUGCUAAAAAUAAAAAUCUAACAAUGAGCAUUGAAACAGCAGAAGUUAAUUUGCAUCUUUCAAAUAAAAUUGAAGCCGACCUAAAGCAAUACUUUUCAAGUGGAGGUAAAUCGAAUAGAACAAUUUUGUUGUUUGUAAUAUUAUUCGUGAUGUUCUGUUUUUCGAAUCAGUAUCUUUUAAGUGUGUACGGCAAAAUGUUAUUACAAGUGUUUGGUUUUGGGAUAUUGCUUGCAAGUAGUGGAGCUUUACCCGCCCCAGUCCACGAUGUUCUUGGGCACAAAAUACGAGAAUAUGGCAGCGAAUAUCGCCUUCCAACAAACGUGGAACCCACACAUUAUACUUUAAAUUUGAAACUUGAAGAAGACUUUACCACAAACAAAAACUUCUCUGGUAGUGUUGAGAUCACAAUAAUAAUCACGAGUAGUGUCAAUAUAAAAUCUAUUGAUCUUCACGCAAAAUAUUUAGAAAUUGACACAAAUUCAAUAGAACUAUAUGAAAAUAGUAGCCAAAAGAAGAAUAUUUUCGAUAGCAUAGAAGGACCUGAUGAAGAAACAGACAUUGUGACAAUUAAGAGCAGCGCUGACUUAGUCAGUGGGACGACAUAUAUUUUGAAAAUUGGAUAUACUGGAAAAUUGAGCGAUACUGAAAUGACUGGAUUUUACCUUAGUUCUUAUAAAAUAUCUGGAAAAGAUAAAUAUUUAGCUACAACCCAAUUUGAAAACACAGGAGCUCGGAGAGCUUUCCCCUGCUUUGAUGAACCUGCUUUGAAAGCUGAAUUUGAAAUAAGUAUUACGUACCCUGACGGAUACAGAGCAAUAUCAAAUACACCUAUUCAAACUAAAACAUCCGGAACUGCCAAGUUUACAAAAACUCCAUUUAUGUCAACUUAUUUAGUUGCUUUCGUUAUAAUAUCAUCAGAUUUUGAUUGCACAGAGAUACAAAAUAUUGAUAAUUUUACGACUCAAGUGUGUUCAAGACCUGGAACCAAAGGCACAGCAACUCUCGCUGCAACAGUACCAAACGAAGUUGUUCCAGUUAUGAAGGACUAUACGAAAGUUAAUGCCAUUAAAACGGGUCAACUGAUACAAUUUGCGGUUCCAGAUAUGGAUCCAGGAGCGAUGGAAAAUUGGGGAUUGUUGAUUUACAGGGAGGCGUAUUUACUUUCUGACGAUAAAGAGUCAUCUGUUUACGAAAAACAACACACAGUCACGGUGGCAGCUCAUGAAAUAUCUCAUCAAUGGUUCGGAGAUUUAAUCACUUUAGAUUGGUGGAGUGACACUUUCCUGAACGAAGGUUUUGCUACAUAUUUCGAAUAUUAUGCUCCUGACAUUAAUCAUCCUGAUUGGGAAUUGCCCAAACAAUUCGUAAUUGAGCAACUUCAAACAGCCCUUGUAACAGAUUCUAAAGAUACUUCCUUACCGCUAUCGUGGGAUUCCGAUGAUGUCAUCGAUAACAGAUUUGAUGACAUUUCGUACAAUAAAGGUGGGAGUAUUUUAAGAAUGGUUCAUCAUUUCCUAAAAUUAGAAAAUUUCAAAAGUGGCCUUAGCACUUACAUUUCGAACGCAGGUCGAACUGGUACUCCAGACAUUCUUUGGAAAUCCCUCAAUCCUCGUUCAGAUAACACUUCUCAAAAAUUAUUACCAGAAGGUAUGACUAUAAUAAUGAACAGUUGGACCAAAAAAACAGGAUAUCCGCUUCUCACAGUUAGUAAAACUUCAGACAAUAGUGUUACAAUUAGUCAGGAAGCAUUUGUUUUAUCUGAUAAAACUGUUGAUACUAAAUGGUACGUUCCCAUCACUUACACUCUGUCAAACUCAAUAAAUGAUUUCAUUAACACGGAAACAAAAGAAUGGCUCACUCCUGAAGAGCCUCUAACUUUGAAAUCGGUUCUUAAUAACAGUUCUUGGAUUAUUCUCAACAAUCAACAAGUUGGUUAUUACCGCGUUGAUUACGACGACGAUUUAUGGAAGGAAAUCACUGAUACUCUUGAAUCAAAUAUAACCAAUAUUGACGAAAUUAGUCGAGCUCAAAUCGUCGAUGAUCUUCUAAACAUGGCACGAGCGGGCAAAAAAGACUACGGCAAAGUGUUGACCCAAAUCAAAUUUCUUCAAAACGAUAUUUCCUACUACAGCUGGUACGCAGCUUUGGCUAAUUUCGACUACCUUUUGCCCAAGGUUGACGAUGAUCUAUCAAACUCGCUAAACGAAUAUUUGUCUACUUUGAUCAAGAAAUUUGUUGAUUCUGUUCCGAUUGAUAAGUUGAACGCUACCGAACAUAUCUACACGCUUAAGCAAGUUUUGGCCCUGAAAUGGGCUUGCAGAUUGAAUAUAUCCGACUGUGUGAGCAAGACCCAAAAACUCUUUGAAGAUUUCAAAAAGGAUAGUACAAACAAAAAACCGGAUCCAAAUCUGAGAAGUGUUGUGUAUUGCACGGCACUCAAACAUUCGAACAAUGCGUCUGAAGAUUUUGAAUUUCUUAAAAAUGAGUUCAAUAGUGCUGAGUUGGCAAGUGAGAAAGUGACAAUAUUGAAAAGCUUGGGUUGUGUGAAUGAUGCCAGCAUCCGAAAGAAUUAUUUGAUGCGUGCCCUAACGGAUGAGAUCAGACGACAAGAUGCGAAAUACGCUUUCUCUUCGGUUUAUUCAACUGGCAACGAGGGUGUUGAUGACAUUUUAGACUUUAUUACCGAGAAACAUGCAGAUUUUAAUCAACGUUUUGGUUCUACUUCAACCCUGAGUUCUUUAAUUAGUGGACUUGCCGACUUUAUCAAUACUGAUGAUCAAAUAAAAAAAUUAUCCGCAUUUAAAGACACGGAAAACUUAGAACCUGAUUACAAAACUGCAGCAGAGGCUGUCAUCACGAUUGGCAACAAUAAUAUCAAAGAGAAUGAAAAGUUAAAAAAGCAAUUGAAGAAAUAUUUCAGUGAUGAUGAUGAUGAUAAUAGUGCGAGUGUUGCUCAGGUUGCAAAUAUUGCUUUGGUACUAAUGGGGUAUCUCUUAUUUAAUUUCUUCUAAAUAAUAAAUUACAUUUAACAUA